AUGACGUUUUUAGGUCAUGAGAGGAUAGCUGAUUUGCGUUGUAUAAGCAAGGCCGAAGGUAAAUUUGGAGUCAAAGGACUCGAAGAAGCAGCUAACUUGUUGAAACUUGCUCGUAAUCGAGCCCAAAACUUAGGCAUUUGGUUUCAUGUUGGCACUCAAUGCGUCGAUGUCAAUUGCUAUGCUAAAGCACUGAUUUAUACUGGCAAAGUGAUUGCUUAUGCUUGCGUACCUCUCGAAGUCAUUGAUGUAGGAGGUGGUUUCCCUGUAAGCUAUCCAGACUCGAUACCUCCUCAUCUAAGCUCAUACAUGGAUAUUAUCCAAAAGGGGUGUAAAAAUUUACCAUUAGAGUUUGUUUCUAAAGCACGUGUAUGGUGCGAACCAGGGCGAGCGCUUGUGGCUACAGCUUGUUCACUUAUCAUCCGUGUGGAGAGUCGUAGAGGAACUACCAAUAUUCUUUAUGUGAAUGAUGGUGUGUACGGCAAUCUACAUGAAGCUGGACCUCCCAGACGAUGGAAGUUUCCCUUCCGCCUGUUACGCCAUUCAGUAGCCGAACUGGCUUCAUUCGCGCUAAGCGGACCAACAUCCGAUGAAGCUGAUUACAUAUCUGGCCCAUUUGUAUUGCCAUCAGACGUGAGUACUGGCGAUUACAUCGAACUCGGCCAAUUUGGUGCAUACAAUACAGAACUUCGUACUUCAUUCAGCGGAUUCGAUCAAACAGUUGUAACUGAAGCAGAAAAAGUACUCAUGCUAAUGACGCCCGGCUUGGAUGACGAAGAAACAGAACUGACAACUAACUAG